AUGGCCGGGGCUUGGGGGGGCCGCGGGGCCUGGGGGCGCCUGGUGCUGCUGGGCCUGUGCGUCUGGACCGGAGCCCGGACAGCGGCACCAGACCCCGUGAGGAACCUGGCCGUGGUGAAUCAGACCAACAGCUCCAUCACUCUGCGCUGGGAGCCCCCGGACCCGAGCCCGGAGAACCUCACCUACCACAUCCGGUGGGCCGGAGAGAAAGCCGAGAACAAGACCGGGAACACGACAGACGUCACGUACUCAGCAGAGGGACUCGAACCCGCGUCCCGCUAUGUGUUUUCCGUGUGGGUGGAGGCAGGUGGAGCCGGCAGCAGCGAGGAGACCCUCAAUGCCAGCACAGCCCCCAACCCCGUCCAGAACCUGACCGUGGAGAAUCCGACCAACAGCUCCAUCACCCUGCGCUGGGAGGCCCCGGACACUCAGGGCUACACCUACUGGGUCCGGUGGACGGGGGACGAUGGCGAGAACGGGACCCAGAACACGACAGACGUCACGCACACGGCGCAGGGACUCGAACCCGCGUCCUCGUACCGGUUCUCCGUGUGGGCGGAGAGGCACGGAGUGUCCAGCGCUGAGCAGACCCAGGAGGCCUCCACAGCCCCCAACCCCGUCCAGAACCUGACUGUGGAGAAUCCGACUAACAGCUCCAUCAGCCUGCGCUGGGAGCCGCCCCUCGGCCCCAACCGGAGCUACACCUACUGGGUGGCGUGGACGGGGGACGGCGGUGACUCUGGGAACCGGAGCACAGCAGACACCAGUGUCACGGUGGACGGACUGGAACCCGGGUCCGCCUACGAGCUCGCCGUGUGGGUGGAGAACAGCAAUGUCAGCAGCUCCCAGACCAAUCUCAGCGUGGCCACAGCCCCCAACCCCGUCCAGAACCUGACCGUGGAGAAUCCGACCAACAGCUCCAUCAGCCUGCGCUGGGAGGCCCCGGACACUCAGGGCUACACCUACUGGGUCCGGUGGACGGGGGACAAUGACGAGGAUGAGACCGAGACCCAGAACACGACAGACGUCACGCACACGGUGCAGGGACUCAAACCCGCGUCCUCGUACCGGUUCUCCGUGUGGGCGGAGAGGCACGGAGUGCCCAGCGCCGAGCGGACCCAGGAGGCCUCCACAGCCCCCAACCCCGUCCAGAACCUGACCGUGGAGAAUCAGACCACCAGCUCCAUCAGCCUGAGCUGGAUGGCUCCCCAGGGCCCAGAGCACCCUCCCUACACCUACUGGGUCUCCUGGGCCCUGGAGGGCGGGGCUGCCGCUGGGCUCCAGAGCACCCCAGAUACCGGGAUCACCGUGGGCGCAAUGGAAGCUGGGAGCCUGUACACCUUCGCUGUGUGGGCCCAGAGGAACGGGCUCAACAGCGGCAAUAAGACCCUCACGGGGGCCACAGUCCCCAGCGCAGUGACAGGCCUCAGGAUCGGGGACCAGACCACCAGCUCCGUCAGCCUGAGCUGGACGGCUCCCCAGGGCCCAGAGCACCCUCCCUACACCUACUGGGUCUCCUGGGCCCUGGAGGGCGGGGCUGCCGCUGGGCUCCAGAGCACCCCGGAUACCGGGAUCACCGUGGGUGCAAUGGAAGCUGGGAGCCUGUACACCUUCGCCGUGUGGGCCCGGAGGAAUGGGCUCAACAGCGGCAAUAAGACCCUCAUGGGGGCCACAGCUCCCAAUGAGGUCACAGCUCUGCAGAAGAAAACUCAGACCAACAACUCCAUCGCCCUGCAGUGGGAGGCCCCUGCAGACCCCCGCGCUCAGUUCUACAUGUACUGGGUCCGGUGGGCCAGGGGAGUAGAUCCCCAGAAGGAGACAGACCCCCAAGGACACAAGGUCGACGAGAUAGCCAACACCAGUGAGACUUGGUAUGUGGUGGAGGCCCUGGAACCCGGGACUCCAUACAACUUCAGCGUGUGGGCGGAGAAGAGUGGUGUAGCCGGUUCCACACAGAGCCUCCGAGCAUCCACAGCCCCGGACCCGGUCACCAUCACCUCCUGCACCAGCACCUCUGGUGGCUACGGGCUCGUCCUGACCUGGACCUGCCCCCCGGGCGGCUACCAGGCCUUCGAGCUGCAGGUGGGCGGGCAGCGGAGCCCCCAGGACAGAGCCUCCUGCGGGAAGGACGUGCGAGUGUCCGACCUGCAGCCGGCUCAGUCCUAUGAGGCCACCGUCCGGACCGUCUGGGACGGGCUGCGGGCCCCAGCGGCCUCGAUGACCUGCCACACGGAGAGUGCAGGGGUCAUCGCCGGAGCCAUUGUCGGGGUCCUCCUGUUCCUCACCCUGGUGGGCCUGCUGGUCUUCUUCCUGAGGAGGUAUAAGAAGAGCCUGAAGGAGCCAGCACUCAGCUUCCGAAGGGACAUCCCUGCGGCCGACUUCGCUGACCACGUCCGCAGAAACGAGAAGGACAGCAACUGCGGCUUUGCUGAGGAGUACCAGCGCCUGGCCCUGGAGAGCCACGGCCAGUCCCAGACGGUGGCCCUGGCCCCGGAAAACAGCGCCAAGAACCGCUACCGCAACGUGCUGCCCUACGACUGGUCCCGCGUGGCCCUGCGGACCCUGGGCGGGGCCCCGGGCUCCGACUACAUCAACGCCAGCUUCAUGCCCGGUCUCUGGAGCUCCCGGGAGUUCAUUGCGACCCAGGGCCCCCUGCCCCAGACGGUGGGCGACUUCUGGCGCCUGGUGUGGGAGCAGCAGAGCCACACCCUGGUCAUGCUGACCAACUGCGUGGAGUUGGGCCGGGUGAAGUGUGAGCAUUACUGGCCCCUGGACGACCAGCCCUGCACCCACGGGCACCUGCAGGUGACCCUGGAGGGGGAGAAGGUGAUGGAGAACUGGACAAUCCGAGACCUGAAGCUGCGACACACGCAGGAGAAGAAGACCCUGUCUGUGCGACAGUUCCACUACAUGGCCUGGCCGGACCACGGGGUGCCCCACUCCCCGGACCCCUUGCUGGCCUUCUGGAAGGUGCUCAGGCAGUGGCUGGACAACACCCCCGGGGGAGGCCCCCCCAUCGUGCACUGCAGCGCCGGUGUGGGCCGCACGGGCACCCUCAUCGCCCUGGACGUCCUGCUGAGGCAGCUGGAGUGCGAGGGCCUGGUGGGGCCCUACAGCUUCGUGAAGAAGAUGCGGGAGAGCCGGCCCCUGAUGGUGCAGACCGAGGCCCAGUAUGUCUUCCUGCACCAGUGCCUCCUGCGGUCUCUGCAGCAGUCGGCCCGGCCCCCAGCCAAGAAGCACAGCGCCAUAUACGAGAACCUGCUCUUCGAGAACGAUUCUGCCCUCGACGUGUAGGGGAAGCUGAGACCCCAGCUUCGGGGCCUCGGGGACCCCAGCCCACAGCCAGGCUCGCACCCGGGAUCCGGACUUCAGCCCAGAUGACUGGACCCCCUGGGAGAGCUAGGGGCUGGGGCCCCAGACUCCUGGGCCCUGGGGGGGUGGGGUGGCUGUCAGCCCUGGGGGAGAGAGGUCCCGGGGAGCCAGGAUCCGGGUUC